GGCUACAGAAGCAGGAGCGAUCAGCUGACAACACAACAACAACAACCAACCCUUGUCAGUGGGCCAUUGUGACACGUCUCCCAAAUAUUACCACUCGAGCAGUUAACGAGAGGAGGAAAUCUUUACACAAACUGCUUGUAACCAUUAAGAAGAAGACAUCUAUGAACACAUUUUUGUCCUUGGGACGUGGCAGAGUCUAGCUCUUGCUUCACCAGGGAUCACCAUAAGACGCUAAUUAUUAUUGUGAUCUUAUCCCAGUGUAGUCCGGGAUAUUCAACAUAAGGAUAAGAAUUGUGUUGACCUCCAAGAGGAAAGAGGACGACUCUGGUAUAUAGUGUAUCUCCAAUCAUAAAUAACAGUAAUCAUGUACCCCAGUGCAAUGCACAGCUCUUGCAGUCAUAAGGGGGUUAUAUUCAUGCAAACUUCAUGAACCGUAUUCUGUUGUGAAGUUUGCGCAUGAAGUAAAAUUUGAAGAAAUUAAACCAUCGCCAUCACUGAUCAUGCAGUUAUAAAGAGAGCCUUCAUGCAAACUGAGAUACUACUGGACUACUUGCUAACCCCUGUUUGCUAAUAGGCAUCUCCCAGUAGUGGCUUGGCUAAAUGUAAAAUUGACACUUAGUGCUUCACCCAUGGAGAGGAGAGUGUUGCUGGAUGUAGGGGAGGGGCGGCUAGAUGAUGAUGCUGAGGACGAAGAAGGGGAUGAUUUUGAGACAGCCAUCAGUGCCACUGGCUAUGGAUUUUUCCACUACUGGCUUCUGGUCAUUGGAGGCUUUGCAAAUGCAAGUGAUGCAAUUGAAAUCCUGUGUGUGUCCAUUCUUCUACCAGCAGCACAAUGUGACUUAAACAUGACUACAAGUGAUAAAGGCUGGCUUAGUUCAAUAGUCUUUUUUGGGAUGAUGGCUGGUGGGUACAUCUGGGGCUGUCUUGGGGAUAUAUAUGGACGUCGAAAUGUCCUAAUUGUCUCACUAUUGGUGAAUGCCCUUGCUGGGAUUUUAUCAUCUUUUGCGCAAUCUUUUCCCCUAUUUCUCUUCUUCCGGUUUAUAUCAGGCCUAGGGGUUGGUGGAAGCAUACCAUUAGUAUGGGCAUACAUCAGUGAAUUUCAGCCUGCCAACAAGCGUGGUGGUGCACUCAGUGUUAUAGCUGCCUUCUGGAUGGUUGGAAAUAUUCUUGUUGCAGUGUUUGCUGUAGCGAUCAUUCCCUAUGACAUUGGCUUCGUGAGCCCAAGCUUUUCUUACAACUCUUGGCGAAUCUUCCUCACGGUGUGUGCUCUUCCUGCAUUCAUCACUGCCAUAUUAAUGCUUUGGCUCCCAGAAUCUCCAAUGUACCUGCUGCUUAGGGGACGUCAUGAUGAAACUAUAGCCGUUCUCCAAGAAAUAUUUGCUCAGAAUAAACGGAUGCCACCCACAAAAUAUCCGAUUGUAUUAAUUAACCCAUCUGGACUGAGAGUGCAAGCUACCAUCAACCAGGGCUUCUGGAAGUCCUUUAAAAAAGCUUUCUCUCUUACUUUUCAUCAAACCAAUGCUCUGUUUGGCCGCUCUCUUCUGCGGAUCACGGUUAUCAUGCUACUAAUUAAUUUUGCUAUACAAUUUGGGUACUAUGGGCUCUGGUUAUGGUUUCCUGAGCUUUUCAAUCGCCUUGAGCAGUUCUACAAUGAUCAUCCAGAUGACAGGGUGAGUGUGUGCAAACUCACAAACUUUCAGGGAAACAAUACCAUUGAGCAAUCCCCAUGUGAGUCAAAUGAGCCAGCUGUGGAUCCAAAAGCUCUACUCAAUACACUCAUCACUGCUGUAGCUCCUCUGCCGUCUAAUUUGUGGACCAUUUUCUAUAUGGAUAGCCUUGGGAGGAAAUUUUUUCUUGUUUUCAGUAUGGUGCUCUCUGGUUGUGCAGCAUUUGGUGUAUAUUUUGUGAAGACAGCAACUGACAACCUUAUACUUGGCUGUGUUUUUGGAGCUGUCUCAACUAUGGGUUUCAAUGCUCUUGACUGUCUUGGUGCAGAACUGUUUCCCACACAUCUACGGUCAACAGCCUUGGCUGUAACCUUGUUGGCUGCUCGAAUAGGGGCUAUAUUGGGCAAUGUGGUGUUUGGCUAUCUUGUGGAUGUGUAUUGUGCUAUUCCACUUUUUAUGGUUGCUUUCCUCUUAAUUGGUGGGGGACUUCUUGGACUUUUGCUUCCUAACAUGACAAGGAAGUCUUUAACUUGAAACAGGAUCAUUACCAAUCUAUAAAGACGAAGACUGGCUUUACUGCCAUAUAUGUAAGCUUGUGAUAUCAGAUGCAGCUUGGUUACAUAUUGGUUUUAGUUUAUUGGAAAGCAUAGCAAUUUUCAAAUUAUUAUUAGUGUCAGACCUGACAUAGUAAAAAAAAAAAAAAAAAAAGAGAGAAAAAGCAGAAAAUGUUAACAAUGCUGCAGAGCAACAUCGUGAUGAAAGUAGAUGUGAAAGGUAGAUUGUUUUGUCUGUAAGUGCUUUACCAAGUCUAACGGAGAGUCUAAAUUCUAUAAACACAGGACUGGUGUUAUAAGAGGGUCAACACGGAGGAGUGAGGUCAGUCAGGUGGGUUGAAGUCAGUAGUGUUAUCAACACAAUGGACACACACCAGUGUUGCUGUUGGUUCCUGUGUGUGACACAAGUGUUGCUGAUGUUAUCAACAUGUCUUCUUAAAUUAUUGAUCACCCUCUUGUGAUUGAACUAUAUUUAGGUCUUUUAAAUACAGGUACUCAUAAUCUGACAUAUGAUCCUUCAUCUUUCAAGACAAUAAAUGCGGUUCGAAGGGCUAUAAUACUGGCAAGAUUUUGGCUUCUUUUACUCCCUCAUUUUGUUUGGAAAUGAGGUUCAUGUUCUCACACUACCUGACUAAGGCUGUGAAAUAUCACCUGCACUGGAUCAAGCAAGUUAUAUACAGUUUUAAGAUGCUAUUAAAGUGGCCUAAUCGAUUACUAUGGACACUGUCAAACGUGUAUGUCAUCUUUUACCCGAGACAACAUGGAGAUGAUAUCUUUAAAAUGGGUUUUGAUUAUGUAACAGUGCCUGCUUUCGGGGGAAUUUCCACUCUCUGAGUUGAGAUAUUUUUUUUCACCAGUAAUGUAAUGAACAUCACAUGUUCAUUAUUAUAAAGGCAUGGCAGGAGUAACAAAAUAUCUUUGUUAAACAUUGCAAGGAAAAAUAUUCAUAUCUUUUAAGGUACCAGGAACAGUUGGUCCUUAAGUGAGAACUUGAAAAACAUCUUCAAAUGAAGGUGUUUGAAACACCUUGAAUCAGACAACCAACCUUCAACUAGGCAGUGAUUCUUAAGUAUGCUUGAAGCUGCAUCUAAAGGUGAACAGACAACCAACCAACCAACCAGGAGACCUGGUCAAAGAUAGGGCUGCGAGGACAUUGAUCAUCGGAAAACCUCAAGGUAUGGUAUGGACCUAGCAUAGUAUGAAACCCUGCAUAGUAUGAGACUCGCUUUAGUAUGAGACUCGCUCUAGUAUGAGACCCGCUCUAGUAUGAAGAGACCAACUCUAGUAUGAGACCAUCUCUUGUAUACAUGCCCUCUCUAGUAUGAGACCGUAUGAGACCUGCUUUUGUAUGAGACCAGCUCUAGCAUGAGACUAGCCCUAGUAUGAGACCGACUCUAGUAUGAAACCUACUCUCGUAUGAGAUCUACUCUAGUAUGAGACCCACUAUAGUAUGAGACCCACUAUAGUAUGAAACCCACUCUAGUAUGAGAUCUACUCUAGUAUGAAACCCGCUCUAGUACGAGACCUAUGCUCUAGUUUGAAACCCACUUUAUUAUGAAACCUGCUGUAGUAUGAGACCCAAUUUAGUAUGAAACCUGCUGUAGUAUGAGACCCACUCUAGUAUGAGGUCUACUCUAAUAUGAGACCCACUAUAGUAUGAGACUCGCUAUAGUAUGAGAUCCAUUAUAGUAUGAGACCUGCUAUAGUAUGAGACCUGCUAUAGUAAUAAACCCACUACAGUAUGAGACCCACUAUAGUAUAAGACCUGCUAUAGUAUGAGACCCAUUAUAGUAUGAGACCCACUCUAGUAUGAGACCCGCUAAAGUAUGAGACCUACUCUAGUAUGAGAUCUGCUCUGGUAUCUAGUAUAACAUGAGAAUGUUAUUUGCAUCAUAGUUUAUUUAGGAAACAAUACUAAACUAUAUUGUGAUUGUAUAUUUUGUAAAUGAAAUCUUCAACCAUAAUUACAAUUCGUUUCUUGA